ACGUUUCUGGUAACAAAAUUCUCACCAAGUGCAAAUAAUCUAUAAUUCAGUACAUAAUUUACAUAUUUUUUGCACUACUUGGGCGCAGGUGAGAUUUUCCAAAUCCAAUGCAUCUGUGUCCUGGAUCUUUUGUGGUCCCUGUACAUAAUAAUUCUUCACGUCCUCCUCGUCCUCUCAAUCCCCCCAAACCUUCGGCUAUAUCGACACUUCGGGGCGACAGACUGGAAAAUCUGCACCUUCUUUCUCCUCAUUGACUACUACUGUUUACAAGCAUUCACGGUAAUUGUUGGCUUCUACGUGUUCCUUAUUGUCGACUGUGCCGCGGUCGUGGAACAAUUGUCGAAACAUAUGACCCUCCGCGUCCACGCCAUCAGCCACAUCUGCCUUUCCCAGCAGCGCAUCCAAGAACUCCGAUAUCUUCAAGGAUGCUGCAACGAGAUCCAAAUUGCCUUCGUCAACUACAAACUGAUCAUGGAGUCGCUCGUUUUGCCGCUUUUCCUCGCAGUCGCCACAAUCCUCUCGUCCGUCGGGUUGUUCACGGUUAUCAAAUUUUUCGGUGAAAUGGGCAUCUUCAUUUCGAUUCUGUUCUCGAUUGGAGAAACUCUCUGCAUCAGUGUGACUUCGUUGCAGCUCUGCAAAGCGAGCAGUAUCUGUGACAAGAGCGAAUUAAUGCAAAAAGAGCUCUGCCACCUCCACCUGGUGCCAAAAAGGAAGAAACAAGAGCUCAAAGUCAUUUUGAAAUCGAUUCGACCAAUUCGAUUCAGAAUUGGGUCAUUUUUCCCGGUUUCGAAGCAGUCAGCGACUGAUUUCCUGGAAACGUUGUGUUCAUGGUUGACCACGCUGUUGUUGACGUGGGGCUAAUAAUAUUUUGACUGGGAAUAUAUUCAUGUGUUCAAACUGUACCAAAAAUUUGUCCGUAAUAAUAUUGUAAGUUACAAUAUUAUUACGUUACAAACGCUAAGCAAACGUUACAAUUUGUAACCAUAUGUAUGCAGUUAUGCUCAGGUUGGUAAUUUUCCUGACCCAACGGUGACAUUUAUUUCGGUAAGUUUGAUUGGAGGAAUUUCUUUUGGAGGGUGACAGACUGACAGCUUAAACAUCGCAGGAAUAUUGUCACCGUUGGGUGACAAAUCGUUACGGAGGCGUUUUAGAGCUUCAUAGACUGCACA